AAUUAUAGUAAGCAAUGCUAUUUGAAUCAACUUGAAUCAAAAUUGAAAAUUCUAAAUAAUGUCGGUUCAAUUCCUCUUUCUUUCUUCAUUGGGCCUUUUCUCCUGGAUAAUUCUCUGUUAUUUGAAAAAAGUUGAGGAAUACCUAAUGUAUUCACCGGAAAAUAUCGAUGAACAUAAUGCAUUUCAGACAUUAAAAAUGGAACAGAAUGACUUCUCUUACCUACCAACAAUUCCUCAAUAUCAUGUAAAGGAGUUUUAUGUGAAUUUCAUUUGUCUGCUCGCUUGUAUUUGUGUCCUAGCAAAGGUCGCGGUUGUAACGGAGGGUUAUCUGGCAAGAGAAUUGUACAAACAAAUUAAAACACUAACAAACUUUGAGCAGAAUUUACAAAAACCUCAUGCCGACUGUAUUCUCAAGAGGUCAAAGGAUGCACUUGUACAACAUGUCCAUAAGCUAGAAAGGCAAAAUUUUGAACUGAAAUUGGAACUUCGGAAUAAAUUGGACGACAGCAACGAUAUUUGGAUGAAAUAUUUGCUAAUGCAAAGGGAUCCUUAUAACAAUUGUAACACCACUUGCACAAAAUGCGAUGCCUUUGUCCCAGUGGUUAUGUCCUCACAAGAAUUGAAGAGAUUAUCGCACUAA